AUGGUAGUGACUAUAAUUAUCAUUUUGUUAACAGAAUUUCAAGUCUUGGCAUAUACAUAUAAGUUGAGGAUAAAGCUCUCGUCUACUUUAUCAACACGAACCGGGAGUUUAAUAUAUUUUCAUCAAAAUCAACUGAGCCUACUAGCAAGCUCAAAAAAUGAAACUCAUCAAUCUUAUUCUUCUUAUGAGCGUCGUGUCCGCCAAUGGAGUAGCAUGAUCUUCCCAUCGUCCCUUUCAAUGAGCUACUUCGUCUUGCUUUUGACCAAUAUAACGGUACCACUAAACGACACUCCGAUGAUUUGUUUCGCCGCGAUUUUUAGUUGUCUUGCUAGCACAGGCACUUCUUUUGUGAUUGCGGGUGUCACGGUAACUAUCAUGAAGGUCGGGAAGAUCAUUAAAUUGUCGUGUUCUCAAGGCAGGAAGUACAGCGUUCUUUGCAGCUUUGGAUCAGUUGGAACCAUUCCGGCCUUUUUCAAUAUCCCCGCUGGUAAAACAACUUCUGAAAUCUAUCCGCCUAACGAUGCCCCUGGCAUGACGCUUACGGGAAUACGUAUAGAGAAGUAG